CACAACAACAAAAUAUUUUUUUUAUUAGCGUCACGUCACGUCACUAGACAGUGACAACUUAUUUGUGUACAAUGGCAAUGACAUCAAUAUCUUAUUUUGUAGCAUGGGCCAUUACUUACAAUAUAUCUGCAGUGUAAUGUUUUUAAAUCUGUAUCUACAGUCUACAGUACAGUCACAGUGUUUUUUUUACUAUCGGAUUAGGUCAAAACCUAUAAUGAUAGUUUGAAAGUAUUUGAUGAAUAAUUAAAUAAAAUAAAAAAAAAACCACUAUUCAUAUUUCUACUUCAUACCUUACCCUUAAAUACUUUUUAAUUAAAAACCUCAGACAUUAGCAGAAAGAAUUGGGUAACAAAAAAUUAAAACAAAUGUCAAUUUUUAGGUGAAAACUUAAAAAGUCAUGUUACGUUUAAAGUAAGUACCUACUUAAAUGACUAACUUGUUAAAAUAAUUAAGACGGCAACAGUAAAUUGCAAUUUACUUAUUUAGCACCAAUUAAAAAGAAAUAAAAAGUCAAGCAAACUUAAUAUUUGUGAUUGUGGAUCUUCAUAUAAUUGCCAACUUUCACAGUGUUCUCUAUAUAAGAUCAGAGUAUAUUUUCUGAUACGAUUAAAGGAUACGAUGCCGCCUAAAGAUUCAAAGAAAACUACGACGACAAACAGCGCAUAUGGGGAUUCGCAAAUGUCAUUAGCAACUCCAAUCACUCCUAGAAACGUUUCCCUUGACUUAUUAUUACAGGGAGAUAACCCUGGCCCAGGAGAAUGGAACUUUAUAGUUCUGUUCAAUGGACAAAUUAUAUUGGAUUCAAAGUGGUACAAUAAUUUACCUCUUUCUAUAGAGAAUUUGCCAUUCGAUCUCAAAGACCCUUAUUCUCACGAACUCUUAGCAGAUAAACCUUUGAUAUUUAUGUUACGUACAUCAGGUGGAAAGGGUUCUAAAGAUCCAGAUCCAUUGCUUAGUGUAGAUAAUAAAGCAGGAGGAAAUGUUGAUUUGUUUCCUUUAUUAAUUGGGGAAGAGGAGGUAUUUACCAAAGUAUCAUUAAAUUUUAUUGCAACUGGUGAACCAACAAGUUGUGUGGUUAUAGUUCGCGCAAAAAUAUUGGGACCGUUUGAACCAGUUCAGCAAAUGCCACUUACCCUGACAAUGAUUUCUGCUCAUUGUAUGCCUUAUGCUAAGGAGGGUACAGUAUACAUUGCUGCUAUAGGAUUGGAAGGUAUAAUUGAAAAACCUGCUGUGAAUUUUGGCAUGUCAUUGAGUAUUGCAACAGCUAAUAAAAUAGUAUGGGCAACAGCCAGCAAUGGUGGUUUGGCAGCCAACACAGCAAUUAAUGUACCUAAUCAAGACAAAUAUAUUCCUCAAAAUUUUGAACCCGCUGAUAAGGAUACGUGCCGCUGUGCUUAUUGGAAUGCUAUGAAGCGAGUACUUAUAGAUCCCACUAUUUUGAAAGAGAAAUUAGGAUCUCUCUUAGUGGUUGAAGUGGCAGGAGUUCCACGGUUUGGAAAAGUAGAUGUUAGGGGACGUUAUUUAGCUUUUAUUGAUGCUAAUGUUUUAUUAGAGCCAGGACAGUUUGGAGUAACUGCUUGUGGUAAUUUAUACUUUUACACGGAAGCUCUACUUCCUCCAAAUAGCAGUCCUUUAUUAGAUAUUCCACCAAUGAGUGCAAAACCAAGCGCUCGUGAAACCGAUCUAAUAAUGGAUGAAUUAGGUCAUAUUUCAUAUAUUACUGUCAGGUUAGACUUACCUGAACCACUAGUUCCAAAACUGAAAAUUACAUUCCUUUUUGAUAUGAUUGGCUUUCCACCUCCCGAUGGUCCUUCAGCACCUGUUCAAGAGUUAGAAGCUCAGCCAAUUCCUGAAGAUACAACUGUCGAUGUAAGAAGAAUUCGUAAAGAAGGUGGAGCUUUAGCGAUUCAUAGGGAAUUAAGUACUUUAGCUUGUAGAGGAGCUGUACCUAUGAAUCAAGGAAUUAAGAGAACAGCUGCAAAUCGCCUCUUAUUGAGAGUACGAACUAUGUUAAAACAGUUUCCUCCUGGAGAUUGUUUAGAAAUAGAUUGGCAAGACACAGUAACUGGCCAACAUGCGGCCAGUAGACGUGCUGUUACUGCAUCAUUUGCUCCCCAGCCACCGGCAUUGAAACCGCCUCCUCGUGAGGCAGCUGCUAGAUGUAGAUUAGCAGGUGAUACAAAGCUAGCAGAACAACACAUAAGAACUAAUUUGAAGAUUGCUGGUUCUCAUCCUAGGUCAUUAUUGGCAAAGGCAUUAAGAUGUCUCGAAGAAAAAAAUGAAUUGGAUGCUAGAAAUUAUAUUCUUGAAGCUCUAAGAGAGCAGACUACAAAUAGAUUUUUGCUGUGGAUUUAUGGUGGCCAAGACUUUAAUAAAGGACCUGAUUUAGUCGAAGCAGCCUCUGCUGCUUUUCGGCUUUCAGUAAAGGGCGAUUACUCACAGGGCACUGCAAAUGCAAUUGGUUGGGCAGCACUGCAUGCUCUGCAUCAUGCUAAUGAAAAUUAUUGCGCUGCUUUUGUGGCCCUAAAGAAAAUGAGAAAGUCAUACGAGUUACCAAAAGAAUGGGAUAAAUUUCUCCAGCAAUGGAUAGAAACGAGCGGGGAAGAAGAAAUUUUCUGGGUGCCUUCUGUGGUGGAUCGUGAAAAUCCCUUAUUGAUCGCAGCAGCGUUUUUCUUAUGCUUACGUUGCUUUACUUUUUGCGAGAGGCUUUUAAAAUGCAUAGAACAAGGUUGUGCCACCCGUGGUUCCCGACUUGGCCUUAGAAAUAAAAUUACCUGUGACCUAUAUUACGUAAGAGCGGCUUCUUUAAUCAUUCAAAAGGAGUAUGAUCAAGCCUUGGAAAUUACAAAUGCGGGUAUUAAGCGUUUCGGCCCGAGUUCGAAAAUGUCGCAAAUGAGAACUUCCUGUUUAUUGUCCAUCCACGGUUGGGAUGGUGAAUGUGAGGCUGCUCUGAUAGAAACUGAUAAGAGUGGGGCACAGCCUUGCCCGGCUCUUCUUCUUAAAGCUGCUAUUGGAGGAUUUAAAAGUGAACCAGAGGCUGCUUUGCAACGUGCUGCUCGAGCUCAUAAAAUAGCACCUAGUGCCCACUCCGCUCUAACAAUUGCCCGAAUUUAUGCAAAAUUAGGGGAAGAUGGUUUAGCAGAACGUUGGGCUGCCGCGUCGGUCAAAAUGGAGCCAUACUUAGCAGAUGGUUGGGCGAUGUUGGCGUUGUUAGCCAUGUAUCAAAGAAAUCUUCAUAAGGCGAGAAGUUCGUUGCGUACAGCUAAGCAAGUUGGAAAUAUUUCAGCGGAUAUAGAUGAAGAACUAAAGAAAGCUAAAGAUUUGGUGCAAUUGGAAUCGUUGUCUGAUUCUUUAGUUAAAAAUGUUUGCUUCUGUGAUUACAUAUGAAAUCCUACUUGUACAAACCAAUUAAAUAUACCUUUAUUGACAUGAAAUCUUUUUUUAAUUUAAUAAACGCCUUAAUUUGGUACUUUGCAAUGCACAACUGAAAACUGCAACAAGGCAGAUCCUACUUUUCUUCCCUAUUGAUCCCAGGUUGAUGAGGAUGAAAUGUUUAAGGUAGUA